AUGGGUGGCGAUCUCAACUUGAAGAAGUCAUGGCACCCGGCGCUUAUGACCAAUCAGCGUCGGGUCUACAACGAGGAACUGAAGGCUUUGGAAGAGCGCAAGAAGACCGAUCAAGUUCUCAAGGAGCGAGCCGAAGAACGCGCAGUCCAGGAGCUGGAGCGGCUGCAGGAAGCCGCCGGAGGAAAGAAGCGUGUGGAUCGUGUUGACUGGAUGUACAAUGGACCUGGCUCUGGUGGACCAGGUGCGGGUGGGGUGAGCGAGGAGAUGGAGGGAUACCUGCUGGGAAAGAGAAAGCUAGACGGUCUGGUGAAGCGCAAUGAAGGGGAAGCACUCAAGAAAGACGCCGGUCAGGAGGGGUUCAUGGCUCUCAACGAGAAUGCAAACACAGCUAGAGAUACCGCCUGCAAGGUUGCGGCUGAUCCUAUGCUUGCGAUCAAGAGGCAAGAACAAGCCGCAUAUGAGAAGAUGAUGAGCGAUCCAACGAGGAGAAGACAAUUGUUGCAGGCAGCUGGUCAGGACGCCGAUGAUGAUCACGAAAAGGAGAGGAAGCACAGGCAUCGAAGCCACAGGCACAGACGGCGGGACGAUGAAGACGGCCACAGGUCCAAACGGAGACGAUAUAGUGAUGAUCAAGACGAUAAGAGGCCUUCCUCGCACCGCCGUCGCUCCCAUCGGCACAGACACAGAUCCCCUUCCGAGUCACGAUCGCGUUCGAGAUCUCCUCAUUCGCGGCGUAGAGACGACCGUGACCGCGACGAGCGACGAUACAAAUCUGACAACCGACGCGGCUACAGCGCUUCGAGAUCUCGCUCACCUCCGAGGCGCCGAGAUGACGAUGAUCGCAACGACCGGCGGAAGUCUUACCCAAGCCCACGGAGAUCUGGCUCUUCCGACUCUCGGUCACGCUCCCCAUAUCGUUCGAGACGUGAAAACCGGUCCUCCAGGCGAGACGAUCGACGAAGGUCUUCGCCGUCGCACUUCAGAAGCAGGGACAAUGGCCUUCCUAGGUCUCCGCCUGAGGAAAAGCAUGGGUCAGACGAGGAAUCGGAGCGCGCCAAAAAGCUGGCUGCCAUGGAGUCGAACGCAAAGGACCUAGAGGCAGACCGGAAGUCGAGACUCGCCGCACUGGAUGAGCGCGAUGCCAAACAGCGGGAGGAAGACGACAAGAAGCGCUCGGACAGAGGCAAGUUCAUCAACGGAGUCAGGCGGGAUGCAGAGGAGGUAGGACUGGGCAGGAGACUUGGAGACAGGCCUCGUAUGAGUGGCGAUUAA